AGAGCUCAGCUGCAGGGACCCGCAGGGACGUCGCCGGCCCAGAGCUCAGCAGAGGAAGAGGACCGGAGAGCCAUGCUCGCGGCGAUGGGCUCCCUGGCGGCCGCCGUCUGGGCGAUGGGCCACCUCCGCACCCUGCUGCUGGGUGCCGUCGCCUUUCUGUUCUUUGCCGAUUGCCUCAAAAGACGGCGCCCAAAGAACUACCCGCCAGGUCCCCUAGCCCUGCCCUUCGUGGGCAACUUCUUCCAUCUGGACUUUGAGCGGUCGCACCUGACGAUUCAGCGGUUUGUGAAGAAAUACGGAAACAUCAUGAGCAUGCAGCUCGGUGACUUGCCUUUAGUUCUUGUAACUGGAUUGCCCUUGAUCAAAGAAAUCCUUGUCGACCAGAACCAAAUCUUUGUGAACCGCCCUAUAACUCCUAUCCGAGAACGUAUCUUUAAGAACAAUGGAUUGAUCAUGUCCAGUGGCCAAACAUGGAAGGAGCAAAGAAGGUUCACGCUGGCAACACUAAGGAACUUUGGCCUAGGAAGGAAGAGCUUAGAGGAACGCAUUCAGGAGGAGGCCCAUCACCUCAUCCAGGCAAUAGAAGAAGAGAAUGGACAGCCUUUCAACCCUCACUUCAAGAUGAACAAUGCAGUUUCCAAUAUUAUUUGUUCUCUCACCUUUGGGAAACGCUUUGAGUACGAGGAUGAACAGUUUCAGGAAUUGCUGAGGCUGCUGGAUGAGGUCAUGUAUCUGGAGACAUCAAUGAGAUGCCAGCUCUACAAUGUCUUUCCACGAAUUAUGAAAUUUCUUCCUGGACCUCAUCAAACACUCUUUAGCCACUGGGAGAAGCUGAAAUCGUUCAUUGCUCAUAUGACUGAAAACCACAGGAAAGACUGGAAUCCUGCUGAACCAAGAGAUUUUAUUGACGCUUACCUCAAGGAAAUAGAAAAGAAUAGGGACAAUGCUGCUUCAAGUUUCCAUGGAGAAAACCUCAUCUGUAGCACCCUGGACCUCUUCUUUGCUGGAACUGAGACAACUUCAACAACACUGCGCUGGGGUCUGCUUUACUUGGCCCUCAACCCAGAAAUCCAAGAAAAAGUCCAAGCUGAGAUCGACAGGGUGAUUGGCCGGUCACAGCUGCCAAGUAUAGCUGCUCGGGAGUCCCUGCCCUACACCAACGCCGUCAUCCAUGAGGUGCAGAGAAUGGGAAACAUCAUCCCCCUGAACGUGCCCAGGGAGGUGACAGGUGAUACCACGCUUGCUGGAUACUACCUGCCCAAGGGUACCAUGAUCCUGACCAAUCUGACUGCACUGCACAGGGACCCUGCAGAAUGGGCCACCCCCGACACGUUCAAUCCGGAGCAUUUUCUGGAGAAUGGACAGUUUAAGAAAAGGGAAACCUUUCUGCCUUUCUCAGUAGGAAAGAGGGUAUGCCUUGGAGAGCAGUUGGCCAAGUCUGAGCUGUUUAUCUUCUUCACUUCCCUCGUGCAAAAAUUUACCUUCAGGCCCCCAAACAAUGAGCAGCUGAGCCUGAAGUUCAGAACGGGCCUCACCAUCUCCCCAGUCAACCAUCGACUCUGCGCAGUCCCUCGGGCAUGAAGUUGUCAGGGAGGGAGAGGAGAAAGGAGAGCAGGAGGACUGCUGUGUCCUCUGAAGGCACUGGCGCCUGCUCAGGAGGGAGGUGACAGAAUGGGAAGGGACUCUGAGGGACAGUCACAGGAACUGGGACUCAGAGGAAGCGCGACCCAAAUCCCACCCUUGCUGUCCCCUCUGAUGGGGUCUUGAGCAGAUCUUUCAUGGUGUAAAUGAUUUACCUUUUCAUCCAGGAGAGGAGAAGCAUAUAAUGAGUCCUCCUCUGACGGAAGAGCUACUGUGAGAAUCAGAGGGAAUAAUGGACUUUGAGUGGCUUGGGAA